AUGCCGCUCCGCGAGCAAGGAGCGCCGCGAGGAGAGCGAGAGAACGAAGUGGGCUUUGGUGAUGUCGGAAUUUGCACCUAUUUUUAUCUAUUUAGUGAUCAGUCCGCUAGUUUCUUUGAUUCCACUCGGUGUUCCUUUUCCAUUUGCUUCCAAUAGUUCGACCUAUCCAGAAAAAUUCUCGGCCUACGAAUGUGGUUUCGAUCCCUCCGGUGAUGCCAGAAGUCGUUUCGAUAUACGAUUUUAUCCGGUUCCUAUUUUAUUUAUUAUCCCUGAUCCGAAAGUCACCUUUUCUUUUCCUUGGGCAGUACCUCCUAACAAGAUUGAUCUGUUUGGAUCUUGGUCCAUGAUGGCCUUUUUAUUGAUUUUGACGAUUGGAUCUCUCUAUGAAUGGAAAAGGGGUGCUUCGGAUCGGGAGUAACCACUAGUGAAAGGGCUAAGGGGGGAAGGACAUAGGAAAGAAGGAUGCCUACAAAAAAUCAAUUGAUUCGUCAUGGUAGAGAAGAAAAACGGCGCACGGACCGUACUCGAGCUUCGGAUCAAUGUCCCCAGAAGCAAGGAGUAUGCCUGCGUGUUUCGACGAGAACACCGAAAAAACCUAAUUCAGCUCUACGUAAGAUAGCAAAAGUACGGUUGAGCAAUCGACAUGAUAUAUUUGCUCACAUUCCAGGCGAAGGUCAUAAUUCGCAGGAACAUUCUAUAGUCUUAGUCAGAGGAGGUAGAGUGAAAGAUUCGCCAGGUGUGAAAUCCCAUCGUAUUCGAGGAGUCAAGGAUUUGCUGGGAAUUCCGGAUCGUAGAAAGGGAAGAUCUAAAUAUGGUGCAGAAAGACCAAAAUCGAAAUGAAUGGAAGAUGCCUCUGGAA